AACACUACUAACUCCUGGUGCUGUGCAGGAAGAAAGUGACGUCAGUUGGACCCACACUGAAAGUCAGAAUUACAAUAUUACUCUGUGUUCGUUCCGUGUGUGUGUGUAUGCCAGUGCUUAGGAGGAAAAGCGUAUUUACACAGACGGCCGAGCGCCUGGGGAAUAAUGCGCGAGAGGAAGUGAGCCGGCUCUCUGUCUGCGCGCUCCGACUUCCUGCUCUGAAGAAGUAAAAAAAAAUCCAGAUCUCCUUACAGUCUCGAGCGCCGCAGCCUAGACGGCAUCAGCAUGGAAAACCAGCGCAUUAUACGGAAUUCUAUUUAAAACGUAUACGACGGGAAAGAAGACGUCAAACACUAGGCCAUGGAGAGUGCUAUCACGUUGUGGCAGUUCCUGCUGCAGCUGUUGUUGGACCAAAGCCAAAAGCACCUGAUCUGCUGGACAUCCAAUGACGGCGAGUUCAAACUGCUCAAGUCAGAAGAGGUGGCCAAGCUGUGGGGCCUCAGGAAGAAUAAAACCAACAUGAACUACGACAAGCUGAGCAGAGCCCUGCGAUACUACUAUGACAAGAACAUCAUCAAGAAGGUGAUUGGCCAGAAGUUUGUGUACAAGUUUGUGUCCUUCCCUGAGAUCCUGAAAAUGGACCCGGCGACAGUGGAGAUGGGGGUGCGGGGUUGCGAUGAGGUCAGCGGGGCCCUUUCAGAGGAGGAGGGGGAUGAGGAUGGGGUACGAGGAGGCCCCCCGGGAAGGAACGAGUACCUCCACUCAGGCCUCUACUCCUCCUUCACCGUUAGCUCCCUCCAGCACCCCCAAGAUCUUCGCUCCCCUGACCUACACCGGCCAAUCAAGAUGGAGCCCAGACACGAUCACCAUGACGACAGCGGCACAGUGAUUCGGUUUGUUCAGAACCGUGGCCUUAAGGGCGGGACACUGCCGGUGGUGUCUCUGCCUUCAUCCCUGCCCCCUUCCUCCAACGAGGGCUACUAUUUAUCCAAACCCUCCCCAAGGCCUGCCCACUCUUCGUCCUGCUCCUCCUCCCCAUCACAAAGCCCCGCCCAUGCGUUCUGGAGAGCAGGGAGCCCCACCCCUGAGACUGAUGAAUCAGAGCAGAGUGCUCAGCCCCUCAAUCUCUCAUCUGGCCACAGAGACCGUGGCCUAGCCACACCCACGCCAGAGAAGAGGGGCUUAACAAGUAGUGUCCCGCCCAAAACCAGGAAGCCUAAAGGCCUGGAGAUUUCAUCCCCCUCUCUGCUCCUGACAGCCAAUGACAUCGGCUCCAUCGCCCUCAACAGCCCAGCACUGCCCUCAGGGUCAUUAACCCCAGCUUUCUUUACAGCACAGACUCCAUCAGGUCUCAUCCUCACCCCCAGUCCCCUCCUGUCCAGUAUCCAUUUCUGGAGCAGUUUGAGUCCUGUAGGACCCCUGAGCCCCGCUCGCCUUCAGGGCCAUGGGCCCCUCUUCCAGUUCCCCACACUGCUCAAUGGGCCUAUCCCAGUUCCCUUGUCCAGCCUGGAUACCACCUCCCCUCUGCUGCUUUCCCCUAGCCCACACAAGUCUUGAUCCUCCUGGGGAACAGUACCAUACCCUCACGGACCCUACCCCCGACUGGACCAAAACAGGCUGAACUAGGCUUGGCCGAAUAGUCCCAGUUGAAAUCCUGGACCCUAACCCAGCAGGACUCUACAACAAGGCCAAAUCAGGUCAAACCAGCAAAAAUCAGAGGGCACUGCUGCAUAUCUACUGGAUUAGCCUUGGACUGUGUCAGCGUCAUCAUCAUUGACUUGAAGAUGCAUUUUUUGAGGGGUUUAUUGGAAAUAGAUUGUUUUGGACAUCUGUAUGUUUAGUUCGUCUCAUCUCACCGUUCUUGGCAAAAAAAAAAAAAAAUGAUGCUUCCCCAUAUUUAUCCACUUUAGAUUGCCAUCCAUCAGAAUGUUUUUCUGUGGAUUCUACCUUCUCAGCGCUUAAUCAAAAGCUUGGCUUAUGGUUAUGCAUUAUAAAAGGGCAUGGUUAUAAAGCUUUAUAAAUGUUUGUAUACUUUAUUUUGUCAUUUUGAGGCUGUGAACCUGGUGGUAUUGUUCUGGCUAAGUGUUUUUCUAUGGAUUUGUAUUGUAUUAUACUGUAUUCUAUGCAGCGUGCUUUAUUACCUUGUACCGGCUGGGCCUUUUUCAAAUGGAAGAGUUAUGGAAAUGUAUUUUCAAGCUUGAAACCUUUUUUUUUAUAGACGAAAUUCCAGUUCAUUAUUGAACAAAUAUUAUUUUUUAAUAGCUUUUGGUUGUUUUUAUAAAGGAAUUGAUACAAAUGUA